AUGUCGACGGCGACGACGAAUCGUUUGCACCUCUACAAGAACUGUGCCCGUGCUCAUGCAAUGCGUGAUUCGCUCCGAAAGAGAUGCGCUGAGAAGCUCAGAGAGAAGCGUCUAGAUCAGUUCGAGUCGCGCCGACAAAUGGAAUCCAUUGUGCGGGAAACGGUCAGUGCUGAAAUGAAAACUGGUAUUGACGACCUGGAUGAAAAUGCGUGGCUGGACUUAUUCGAGUCGGUCACCAAGGCUCUAGUUCAGGAGCAGUACGACGAUAUCCUUCGGCUUGAAGAAGAGCGACUCGCUGCCGACGUUGAAGAGUUUUUGAAUCCUCCGGCGUAUUGUCCUGCCUGUUUACGGUCGCCACUUGUUUGUUACGGAGAAGUCAGCCAAGUGCAAGAGUUGUCGUUGCGUAUCAUUUCGACCAGUGAUCAACACAGUGGAUCAACACCACCAACGCAGUCUGAGCUGAGGCGACUUCUAGCUGAAGGUUUCAUGGCUCACGAGGCAACCGAAUGUACCGUCAAGCCAGAAGCCAUAGAGCUCAACGGCAAGCUUCAGCUGCGGUGUAGCGAUUGCGGAUUCCAGACAGUGAUCAUUUAA